AUGGAAGCGGUAAAGGAUGAGGAUCGAUGGCGGCGGCUGUGUGCGUUGGAGGAUAUACUAUGCGAUCCUCGAUCUACCGGCAACGUGGAUUGCUUACUCGACACAGUGACGGCACUCGUCUCUGACUGCGAUCAUCCAGCGAUUCGACGCAUGAAAAAUGUCGAAGCCUAUACCAGCAGAUAUGAAGAGUUUGCUUCAGACAUAGUGAAUCUACGUAUGAAAGCUGCUGAUUUUGAUUUAAUUAAGUGGAGUUUUGAUAGCCUACGAGAUUCGGUGCCACCGGUUGUCCCUGAGCUAUCUAGUGAUGAUGAUACUAGAAAUUUUGAUGACAUUGAAAAAUCUGAUGCUCUUGAUGAGUCAUUUCCUGUUCCUAAGGCAUUUGUGGGCAAUCACCUACCGUUUGUUGGAUUUACCUACAAUGGUGAUUAUCAAAUCUGUGGAGGAAAAAGAAAAGCAGCUGAUGUAGUUGAUACUAUAUCAAAUAAUCACUUAAACAAUGUUGGAUCUGAGGCAAUAUUGCAAUUAGAAAAACUUCUGGAAAGAGAGAGAGAUGGAAGGCGAAAAUUGGAAGAUAGACAAGUCAUGCUUUGUGCUCAACUUGAAGAAUUAGCUCAAAGAGAAUCGAGAAAUAAAAAAAUAAUAGCUGAUACUGACAAGGAGUUAGCCUUACUAAGACAUGAUUUAAAAGAUAUCCAGCGCAAAGCUGAGGCAGAGUCAGAUGCCCGAAGGAAAGCAGAAUUUAAUUAUAGUGACAUAAAACGACGCCUUGAUGAGGAGCAGACUAAGAGAGUGAAAGAGAUGAACAAUUUGCAGACUUAUAAUGACAAAAUUAACAUGUUGGAAAAGCAGUUGGCAGAAAUGCGGGAAAAAUUAAAACUGGAAUCAGAGGCUGCCGCAAAAUCACGAAAACAAGCAGCCGAGCUAAGUGCAGCACAGGCCGCGGCGGCAGCUGUGAGUGACGGAACAAUGGCAAAUCUACGAGCUCAACGUGAUACCCUAGAGAGGGAAAGAAGUGCUUUGUCCGAAGAACUAGCAUCAAUGAAGGCGGCUAAGCAACGUUCUGAUGCUUCUGUCACUGAAGCUACAAACAGAUUAAAUGCUGCUCAUUCGGAGUUGGAGCGAUCCUCAGCAAGAAUGGGACAGAUCAUGAAUGAUAAUCGCCAGUUGUCAGAGCGUGUGUCAUCAUUAGAAAAGGAUUGUGCUUCUUUAACUCACGAGCUUCGUGCCUCGCAACACCUUUAUCAACAGGAAGUUCGCGCGCACCAAGACACCCAGCGCUCUCAGUUACUAUCUAAACAGGAAGCAAAUUUGGAGAUUGUUAAGGCUUUACAAGGUAAAUUAAAUGAAGAGAAGACUGGACGACAGAGGGCUGAAGCUGCUUGCCAAGAAAAGGACAGACAAAUGUCAAUGCUAAGUGUGGACUAUAGACAAAUGCAACAGCGCCUACAGAAGUUAGAAGGUGAACAUCGUCAAGAAAGUGAAAAGGUGGUCGGCCUAGCGGCCGCCCUCGAGCAGGAGCGGACGGCGCGUAUGGCGGCCAGCGGGGACACGGCUGCGGCGGAGGCGGCGGCGCGCGCGGCCGCGGCCGAGAGGGACGCGCGCGCGCGCGACCUGCUCGCCGUGCGCUCGGCGCUGCACGACACGUCGGAGAAGCUCGCCGCCGCCAGCGCCGAGCGCGACAUGCACUACGCGCGGUGCGAGGAGUUGCGCUCGCAGCUCGAGAGCGAGCAGCACUACUGCGCGGCGUACCGCACGCAGGCGAGCGAGGCGCGGUCCCAGCUGGAGGAGAGCAACCGGGCCGCGCGGGACCUGGAGCACGAGCGCGCCGGCCUCAUGCACCAGCUGCAGCUGGCGAUCGCGCGCGCCGACGCCGAGGCGAUCGCCAGGUCGAUAGCGGAGGAGACCGUGGGCGAGUUGGAGAAGGAGAAGACGAUGAAGGAGCUGGAGAUGCGCGAGGCGUUGGCGCAGCAGAGCGGCGAGCUGGCUGCACGGGACGCCCUGCUGCAGAGCCUGCGCGACCGCGACCACGAGAACAGAGCCACCAUCGACCUGCAGCGGAAGGAGGUUGACGAGCUGCGGCGUAGUGGUACAGCACUAGCGGAGCGUGUCGCCACCCUGCAACGGCUGCAGGAAGACGUGGACCGGCUCAACAAGAAGCUCAACUCCGAGAUCAUACUCAAACAACAGGCGGUUAACAAGCUCGCCGAGAUUAUGAACAGGAAAGAUAUGAACCCAGCGACGACAAAGAAUAAGAGCAAGAUGUCGGUGCGCAAGGAUAAGGACUACCGCAAGCUGCAGCAGGAGCUGACCCGCGAGAAGGAGAAGUUCGACCAGCACAUCUCCAAACUGCAGCGGGAUCUUCAGGAGUCGCAGCAGCAGCUGUUGGAAGAACAGCAGACACGCCUGCGGCUCGCUAUGGAGGUGGACAGCAAGGACGUGGAGAUCGAGCAGCUGAAGGAGAAGCUGGCGGCGCUGACGAGCGAGACGGCGUCGCAGUCGUCGGCGGACGCGGAGGACGGCGAGACGGAGCAGACCCUCGAGGGCUGGCUCUCCGUGCCGCUCAAGCAGAACAUCCGCCGGCACGGCUGGCGCAAGCAGUACGUCGUCGUCUCCUCCAAGAAGAUCAUCUUCUACAACUCGGAGAGCGACAAGCAGAACACCACGGACCCCGUCAUGAUUCUGGACCUGAGCAAGGUGUUCCACGUGCGGUCGGUGACGCAGGGCGACGUGAUCCGCGCGGACGCGAAGGACAUCCCGCGCAUCUUCCAGCUCCUCUACGCCGGCGAGGGCGAGGCGCGCCGCCCCGGCGACUCGCCCGACGCGCCGCAGGACGCCAACGACCACGCCGGCAACACGGUGCAACAUAAGGGUCACGACCUAGUCAGCAUCACGUACCACAUCCCCACUGCGUGCGAAGUGUGCACUCGACCUCUCUGGCAUAUGUUCCGUCCGCCGCACGCCUACGAGUGUCGACGGUGCCGCAUGAAGAUCCACGCGGAGCACGUGUCCGAGGGCGAGGGCGUGGCGGCAUGCAAGCUGCACGCGGACCGCGCGCGCGAGCUGCUGCUGCUGGCGCCGGCCGCGCAGGAGCAGCGCCGCUGGGUGGCGCGCCUGGCGCGGCGCGUGCAGCGCUACGGCUACCGCGCCGCGCACCACACCAGCCACGAGCACACCAAGCUCUCGCCCAGGGACUCGAUGAGAUCGAACUUGAAGGCGGCCUACAUGAACGCGUCCCAGCGCAGCUCGACGCUGCCCGCCAACGCGUCAUUGCCGCGGCAG